AUGCUUGCUACUUGGAUGGCAAGAUGUGGCAUCGACGCUCGCAUAGUCGAUAAGCGAGGCACCAAGAUUUACUCUGGACAGGCAGAUGGGCUGCAAUUGCGGAGUCUGGAAAUCUUUGACAGUUUUGGAUUCGCCGAUAGAGCGUGGAAGGAGGCGAAUCAUUUGAUAGAGAACCCCGGCGAAGACGGUGUCAUACGUCGGUCCGACCAAAUCCCAGAUGUUGUUCCUGGAAUCUCCCGAUUCAAGGAAAUUGUUCUCCACCAGGGCCGUAUCGAACGAUUCUUCCUCGAUCACAUCAAGAAGCACUCGAAGGAUACCCUACGUGUAGAGCGUGGCGUGCUUCCCGAAUCGCUCCAUAUCGACCAAGACCAAGUAAACGACCACUCACCGGACAACUAUCCCAUCACCGUGCAGCUGCGGUAUCUGACUGAAGAGGAGGCCAUGCCCGCCCAGAGCAAGGGCUCCAGCAUCAAUGACGGCCUUUUCCGGAGCAAUCUGGCAGAUGAUGAUACCCAAGAUUUAAUCGCAAAUAGCAGACAGAAAGACGGUAGCACAGAGACUGUGAGGGCAAAAUACGUUGUUGGGUGCGACGGCGCUCACAGUUGGACCCGAAAGCAGCUGGGCUUCGAGCUUGAAGGAGAGCCAACAGACCACAUCUGGGGCGUACUCGACAUUAUUCCCAUCACAGAUUUUCCCGAUGUUCGAAAGCGUUGUGCCAUACAUAGCGCGUCUUCAGGUUCAAUGAUGAUCAUUCCGCGGGAGAACAAACUUACUAGACUGUACAUUCAGCUCACGGAAAUCAAACCAGAUGCUAGUGGUCGGGCAGACAGGUCGAAAAUCACCCCAGAUACUAUCAUCAAAGCGGCACAACGGAUCAUUGCACCCUACAAGUUGACAUAUGAAUACUGCGACUGGUGGACCGCAUACCAAAUCGGCCAACGAGUAGGCAAGAACUUUGACCGCGACAGCCGCGUUUUCCUGGCUGGCGAUGCUGUUCAUACUCAUUCCCCAAAGGCUGGCCAGGGGAUGAAUGUAUCCAUGCAGGACGCCUACAAUCUGGGCUGGAAAUUGGGACUGGUAGUCAAGGGCGUGGCUCAACCAAGUAUACUCAAAACGUACCAGUCUGAGCGGAGACGAAUUGCCCAGGAUCUCAUUGCAUUCGAUCACAAGUUUUCAAGACUCUUCUCUGGCCGACCGGCCAAGGAUCUCAUGGACGAAGAGGGUGUAAGCAUGGACGAGUUCAAACAGGCAUUCCAGAAGGGCGGUCUAUUCGCCGCUGGUCUUUCGGUCGACUACGGCACAAGCAUGUUAGUGGGCAAACCAGGCAAUGCCGCGGAACAGGGCGAUGGAACAGAUGUAUCGUCCAAGACACAAGUCAUUGGCAAGCAAGAACUCGCCUCGGAGACGAAGAUAGGUAUGCGUUUCCCGAGCCACCAGGUUCUCAACCAGUCAGACGGCCGGGCAUGGGAGUUCCAGCAGAAGUUAAAGAGCGACGGACGAUUCCGCAUCAUCAUCUUUGCCGGCAAUGUUGUCAACCAAGAGCAGAGUACUCGCCUAAAGGGCUUCUGCCAACGCCUCUCAUCAUCACCACUCCUGGCUCCGCGGCUCAUCAAGGACGUUGAUGUGCUCACCCUGCACUCAUCCAAGCGCAUCGAGGUCGAGCUGCUAAGAGACUUCCCCGAUGUUCUGCAUCCCUUUGAUCCUAAGACUGGAUGGGACUAUGACUCGGUGUAUGUGGAUGAUGGUAACUACUACGAAGCAUUUGCAGAUGCAUACAAGAAAUACGGUGUGGACAGAGAAAAGGGCUGCGUCGUAGUCGCCAGACCAGACCACGGGACUAGAGGGGGUGGAAGCAUAUUUUGCAGGCAUUCUCAGGACGUAGACAGAAGCAAAUCUAGAUUUCUGCACGUUAAUGCACACUGUCUCUCAACAGCGCCGCAGUAUCCUGCAAACGCCCUGUUCACAUAUGCAUGGACCUGUAUGACGUGCUUCAGCCCUAAAUCAGAAAGAGUACGACGCUUCUACCACAUCUUGGACUCUCUUUUCCUUUUUUUCACGACUCACCGACAUAUCAUGAACGGACCCACCACCCCAGGUGGUGCACACUAUGGACGGCCACCUGCAUAUGACGACGAAGACGGCUCCCCUCAGCUCCAAGGAGGCUCAACCAUGCGUUUGUUGACAAACGUGGACGAUAGCCAAAGCUAUGUGUCAAGACGCUCCUUCGAGGACACUUCAAACAUGUCGACCGCAAAUAGCACCGCUGCGGCCCUGGGCACGCACAUGACGCCCUCUGAGGCGGGCAAGCAGAGGGAGGCCGAGGCCGAAAUUCACGACUUCUUGCGUGAGGCUGGCAAUGCGCUCAAUGCGACUGGAAGUGCGGCGCCAGCGCAAACAAACUCAGCAGGCAGAAAGUCAUUCAGACAACAAGCCAUCGGCUGGAUGUCGCCUUCAAAAGCAACACCAUUGCAAGACCCAGACUUACCGACCCAUCACUCUCACAGACAACCCCAGCCAACAUCGCGCAUGUACCACCCAUCACCAUCUUCAGUAUCCAGCCUGUCGAGGACACCCUCAUUAAUGGACAAUGCCCCCAACAUGCCCCCUCCAAUUGAUGACGACUACGUCCCCUACCGACGGUCAAUAUCGCCUGAUCGGCCGUAUUCACCCACGCGCACAUCAGUCGACUACUCGCGACCGCCUGCUUCAGUAAAUUCCUACGAGCCAUACGACCUCCAUGGCAGUCCGCGACCAGGCAGCCCUCAGCGGCCAUUGCCACCCCAGCCUCUGUUCACUGCUGGCGGAAGGCCUGGCUCCCGCGAUUCGGAGCGCACCAUGGACAUGAGCGACAUGCGCUCAAUACCCAUGCAUGACGACGAUGACCCAUUCACCGAGAUGGGCGACGACCGACCAGAGUUGCGCUCGCGAGACUCUUAUCUGACCGACGACACAUACACAGACGUCUACACCGAAGUAGACGAAAAGGCGGAGCACUACGGACCUGCUCCAGAUGGUGCGCAGGCCCGACGUGGUGCGCGAGACGCAGUCAUGACGAAGAAGGAAGUUCGCCUGAUCAACGGUGAACUCAUUCUCGAGUGCAAGAUCCCCACCAUUCUCUACAGUUUCCUUCCGCGACGAGACGACAUUGAGUUUACGCACAUGCGAUACACGGCCGUUACCUGCGACCCUGACGACUUUGUGGACCGUGGCUACAAAUUGCGCCAGAACAUUGGCAACCCACGUGAGACGGAGGUCUUCAUCGCCAUUACCAUGUACAACGAGAACGAAAUCGACUUUACUCGUACAAUGCACGGUGUCAUGCAGAACAUCAGCCACUUUUGCUCUCGUAUGAAAUCCAGAACUUGGGGCAAAGACGGAUGGCAGAAGAUUGUCGUGUGCAUCAUUGCCGAUGGUCGUGGAAAGGUUCACCCUCGAACGCUUGACGCCAUUGCUGCCAUGGGCUGCUUCCAGGAGGGUAUUGCGAAGAACCACGUCAACCAGAAGGAAGUCACAGCCCACGUCUACGAAUACACAACCCAAGUCUCUCUAGAUUCUGACCUCAAGUUCAAGGGUGCUGAGAAGGGUAUCGUGCCAUGUCAGAUGAUCUUCUGCUUGAAGGAACAAAACUCUAAGAAACUGAACUCGCAUCGCUGGUUCUUCAAUGCCUUUGGACGCGCACUCAACCCCAAUAUUUGCAUCUUGCUCGAUGUCGGAACCAAGCCAGGCCCCAAAGCGCUGUACCACUUGUGGAAGGCCUUUGACACCGACUCUUCGGUCGCGGGAGCAGCUGGUGAGAUCACAGCAGGCAAGGGCAAAGCCUGGCUUGGUCUUCUCAAUCCGCUUGUUGCAUCGCAAAACUUCGAGUACAAGAUGUCCAACAUUCUGGACAAGCCAUUGGAGUCGGUCUUUGGCUACAUUACUGUGUUGCCAGGUGCACUGUCGGCUUAUCGCUAUCACGCGUUGCAGAACGAUCACACUGGGCAUGGACCCCUUAGCCAGUACUUCAAAGGAGAAACGCUUCACGGUCAAGAUGCAGACGUGUUCACGGCCAACAUGUACUUGGCUGAGGAUCGUAUUCUGUGUUGGGAGCUUGUGGCAAAGCGAAGCGAACAAUGGGUUCUGAAGUAUGUUAAGGCGGCCACUGGAGAGACGGAUGUGCCAGAUGCGGUUCCCGAGUUCAUUUCCCAGCGUCGUCGCUGGCUGAACGGUGCCUUCUUUGCUGCCGUGUACUCGCUGCUCCACUGGAAGCAGGUGUGGGCCACUGACCACACUAUCUGGCGCAAGAUCCUCCUCCACAUCGAGUUCGUCUAUCAGUUCGUCCAACUGCUAUUCACCUUCUUCUCGCUGGCCAACUUCUACCUUACCUUCUAUUUCGUCGCUGGCUCCCUUGCCGAUCCUGAAAUGGACCCCUUCGGACACAACGUUGGCAAAUACAUCUUCUACAUCCUGCGAUACACAUGCACGCUACUCAUCUGUAUGCAGUUUAUCCUGUCCAUGGGUAACCGACCUCAGGGUGCAAAGAGGAUGUUCUUCUGGAGUAUGGUCAUGUAUGGCGUCAUCAUGGCAUACACGACCUUUGCUUCCUUCUACAUUGUCAUUGUCCAGCUGAAAGAUCCCAAAGCCGAGAAGACGAUAGGUUCAAACACCUUUACCAACCUCAUCAUCUCAACAGCAACCACCAUUGGGCUUUACUUCCUCAUGUCCUUUAUGUAUCUGGAUCCCUGGCAUAUGUUCACCUCGAGCGCGCAGUACUUUGCUCUCCUGCCUUCGUACAUUGCAACGCUCCAGGUGUACGCUUUCUGCAACACGCACGACAUCACAUGGGGAACCAAGGGUGACAACGUGGCAAAGACGGAUCUUGGAGACGCCCGCGCAAAGACGAAGAACGUUGUUGAACUCGAGAUGCCGUCCGAGCAACUCGACAUUGACAGUGGCUACGACGAAGCGCUUCGUAACCUGCGUGACCGUGUCGAAGUACCUGAGCCCCCGAUUUCGGAAUCGCAGCAGCAGGAAGACUACUACCGCGCUGUGCGUACGUACAUGGUCGUCAUCUGGCUCAUCUCCAACGCCAUUCUCGCCAUGUCCAUCAGCGAAGCCUACGGCAACCGCAAGGUCACCAACAACUUCUACCUCACGUUCAUCUUGUGGGCUGUCGCUGCUCUCGCCGUCUUCCGUGCCAUUGGAUCCACCACUUUCCUCAUCAUCAACUCGAUCCAUGCCAUUAUGGAGACGAAGCUCAAGUGGCAGGACAAGAUUGACGACAAGAAGAGCAACAGGACUGGUCUUGGUGGUGGCAGGAAGUAUGGCAGGAACAAGUGGUGGAAGUUUGGUUUCGGUGGCGGCGUGUCAUCCAGCUGGUUCUCGGGCAGCACAAUCUCAAGCAAGCUUAGUAGCAUGGCGCCUAGCAAUUGGGGUGGCAGCAGUGUGGGCCGCUAG